GAAACGGAUAGACGGUGAAAAUUCGCCGGCCGCGUGCUUUUGAAGUAAAGAUUUCUUUGGCCUCUUGCUAGUGAAUUUCUAAGGAGAAUUUCUUUAAAAAGCUGCAAAGAUGGCCUCUUCCGCACCCGUUGCUACCUCCUGCGACGAGGUCUCCUCACUUCCGCCGGAAGUUUGGCUGCUGAUCUUCCAGUACCUUGAGCGAGACUACCUUCGCGAUAUUCGGCUGACCUGUCGCCAGUGGAUGCAACUCGUCGAUCAAACCAAGUCGUUGCGAGCCGCUUUCUGCGUCGUUUUCCGCUCGUGCACCAUGGACCGGAAGUUCAACCCCCGGAAUCUGUACCCGGCCGCGUUGUAUGCCGAGGUGGACAACGUAAGGCUGGUCGCAAUUACGGGCACCUGGUGGUCGACGUUUGGCGCCAUCUUGACCAGGCUGGACUUCCGCGGGUGCCGGAUUGCGCUUCCGGAACUGUGGGCGUUGCUGAGCGGAACUCCCAACCUGGAGGAGUUGAUUUUGAUAGUGAAUAAAUACCAACUGGCGCCGGAACCGACCGAUCUAUCAUGGAAGUUGGAAAAACUCAAGAGCCUGAGCUGCGAUGCGAUUUUCGACACUUUUGGGCGAAUUUGUCCACGGUUGGAGGUUUUAAUGCUGCCGAACUACGGAAAGACGCGAGGGUAUGCAAAGUUGUGCCACCUGCUGGACUCGGUUCAGGGCACUUUGAAAACGCUGGGCUGUUACUUUACACCGGACACAGUCAAGCAAAUAGCCGGUAUGAGCCGCCUCAAGUUAACCUGCGUGUUGCACCGUGGAAAGGGAGGCACUGCCGUUGAGCUAAGCCGACUUCAGCCAUCGAUUGAGGACCUGAAAGUUUCCUUUGUCUCAACUAAGGAUCUCUGUGAAAUCGGCCGAAAUUUGCCGAAUUUGCAGCAUAUCCGGAUCACCACAUGCAAAAACAAAUCAUUGUUUUUGCCCUCCUUUCUGGCCAACAUGCCGCAGCUGAAGGGACUUUCGAUAACGGCCGGUAGCGAGCGUUCGAUCAACUUUGCAGAGUUCAAAGCCCCCCUUCUGAAAGCCUUACGCCUUGAAUUGUUUCGCAUCGAAAGCUCCGGCUGGCGUCACUUUUUGGCCAACUGUCCGAACCUCGAAAUGAACGACCUUACCGACUGCACACUGGCCAGCUGGUCGGAAGUUUUCGACCCACAACCCCAAUCACUGUCCUACCUACGACUCGAAAAGGUUUGCAUUUCGCAAAACACGCCCAGCACCAUUUCCGGUAAGCGAACGUUCAACCUGAAAGAACUGCAUCUCCUCUGCUGCGAUGACAUUCCGUCCGCGAUUGUUCAGCAACUUCUUCCACGAGUUCGCCGGCGUGUAUCCCUUUACUGCGAUGGAGAACUACAGCUACGUCGUCGUUUCUAUUUUGGAGCUACUUCCGCUGCUGAAGAAGCUGCACAUUCAAGUUUGUGUCCCGUCGGAUGUUUCAGUGCCGGCCGUCAUCGGCUACCGCCGAUGCCGUUUAAAACUUAUGGCUACAUAGGACUUGCACUUUGA